AUGGAAGCAGCGGCGAAGAAGGUCCAACUGCUGGCCCAGCGCAUUCUGCCCGAUCGACCGCACCACCUCUCUAUCACUCCUGACCAACGCUAUCGCGUCCCGCCGGAUCAAAGCAAGGUCUUCGAGGAGUUCAAAUACCAACGCCUGCAGUACAUGACCCUGCUGUCCGACGCUGAUCGCGGCAUGUUACUCACCCGUCCAUACUAUGACAUGCGCGAGGAACCUCCGAAUCCAAUCGCCGCCAAGGAGUCGAACGUGAAAAUGGAAAAAAAGACAGUGACCAAGCUGUCGCUGAGUGAUUACAAGAAUAAACAGAAGAAGGCAUCUGCGUCACCCACCGACUCGGGAACCCCCAAGACAGACGCCUCUAGGAGAGAGGCAGCGGACGGUCGAAACGACCGCGAACCAAAGAAGACCGACGCCAACAGGGUACGAGAUUCAGAAGCAUCGAAGGACUCAAAGGCGCAUAAGUCGCGCGAUGUUCCUAAUGACGACAGAUCAAGUAGAACUGAGGCAAGGUCUAGGCCAACGCAGGAGAGCAGUGAUACCCCAGAGAAGCGGAAACGAGUCCACGAUACCGACGGCGAUCUGCGACCUCAAAAACGAGCGCGACCCGAAGCCAGCACCCCGCUUGACGAUCGAUCGCGAACGCCCCGAGAUGAUACCCCGAAGAGAAGAGAGUUGCACACCUCCCUGGAUAGGACACCGCAGAAGGACAGCAAGUCGAGCGCGGCCUCGUCGUCUUUACCAAAUGGGAGGUCCGCUCUUAAGGUGGCAUUGGGCUCAGGUGCCAACAAGUCGCCAGUAUCACGCGCCAGGGGCGAUUCCAUCAAUGGCAACAGGCCGAGCCCCUCUCUAAGCGGCAAGAGCAAGACAGAUCCGUCAUCAAGGAGUGCAAUGCCGCCGCUACUUUCACCCCUCCACCUGCCGAACGAUUCGGACUCUCACCCCAAAGAUAAAAAGAGACGCGAUGACAAUGGCGAGCCAAACAGACCACCAAAGCCUUCGAGGGCAGAGCCACCGCCGCCGCCUCCACCUAAAAGACAAAAAUCUCCCGUCAGGCUGCCGGCGCUUCUGUCUCCCACAUUACCGCCCGCGGUCGAGGAGGAACUGGCCCGGAUGAAGAAGACACCGACUAAGGGAUCAACACCAAGCCAGAAACUACAUCCACCAGAGUCGCCUACCAGCAACAAGAGACCGCCUGUAAUUGUUAAGGACGAGGAGGAAGAUCGGAAAGAUGUUAAGGACAAGAUCAAGGAGAAACCACGCAACAGGUUUAUGGUGACUCUUAGGUAUCCAAGGAAGAUCUCCAAGACGGUUCAGAGACUGCUGGCUCUUCCGCCCAAGAAGGACGCGAUUAAGAAAGAGCGAUCUGUGAGCAUAGAGCCCCCAGCACCGCCCCAGGCAAGGAAAAGACCCAUCGGAAGCACGGAGAAUAUUGGCGACUCGAUUGCCGUCAAACGGCCAAGGACGUCUGAGGUCUCUAGCUCCAAGCUUGUUACCCCCUCAACUCCCUCGAAAGCCGCGACGUCAAUGUCAAGGGUAGCAUCGAGCAACUCGGUAAACACUCCUGGCGACGGCAGCGGCCAUACUCCCGCAGCUCCGCCUUCAGCAGACCGAGACCGACCGCAAACGAGGGAUGUCAGGGAACCGUAUAACCCCCUGAAGAUACAAGCGCUGCGCGAACGAUAUGCACGGUUUAGCAAGCUCGGAACGAAGUUGAAGCAUGAUCGCGAUAUGUUGCUGGAGCGGAAAAAUGACCGAAGUGGGCAUAGCUCAGACUCAGACAGCAAGCUGGGCGUCAUCUUGGGUCUCGAGACGGCUCUGGCUUUCAUGAUCGGCUUCAGGGCGGUGGUGGACGCGCGCUCAAUAGAGAGCAAGGCCCAAGACCCGAAGCAAUGGGGCAGUAUCUUGCCGGUGCUCAACGUCAUGAGACCGGAGCUGCGCAGGAGCGGACCAUUAGAGGCUUUGUUCUGGCAGAUCCAGGGCGUGAUCCAUGAGGAGCUCCUCAGGUGUUACUGGUCCAUCGACCCAAGCCCACACGCGGUAGCUAUCAUUGGUCACGAACGAGGUCGCUCGAAUGCAUGGAAGUCGGCGCAGGACUUUGCUGAGCGGGUCGAGGACAGCGCGAUGCGUGCAAACAUGGGUCCGUGGACUACAGUGGAGGAAGCCGUCUCGUCGGCGCUGAGGAUCAUGCGGCGCUGGGCUCAUCAGGAACACGUGUCGUGGCGCGCCGAGGUCACAGUCUCAGCGGCCAACGGAACAUCAUAG